AUGGCUCGCGAAGAUAGUCCCAAGAGGCGUAAACUUGACUCUGACCGGUUUGCCGUACCAUCAAGACCGUCGACUGCAAAAACGUUCCGCUCAGCUCAAACCCCAUUGCACAGUAGAAGCAGUGGGAAUCAGACACCAUAUAUACAAAAGAAUGGGGUUGGGAAUGCGUCUGCAUUUUCGACACCACAAGCCUCUAAAUAUGCCUCUACACCGCGCCAAAAGGAAUUCGACGGACCGGAGCCAUUCGUCAAUGAGGAAGACGCCAACGCUCUAGACCGAGACUGGUAUGCGGGAGACGAGUUUGGGCAUACGUUGGGUGACGAGUCCCACAAUCCUUUUGGCUCAGAUGCGUCAUGGGCCAACCGGCAAGCAGAAGCGGCCCUGGCCGAGAAGAAGAAGAGCAGCCGGGUCAGCGCAAAGGCUGUCCAGAAACAACGGGACGUGGAUGCUUGGGAGACCAAUCGAUUGCUCACUUCAGGUGUUGCGCAGCGCAGAGAUCAUGAAGCCGACUUUGAGGAUGACGAAGAGGCUACAAGGGUACACCUGUUGGUCCAUGAUAUUAAGCCGCCAUUCCUAGAUGGUCGAAAGAUUUUCACUAAGCAGCUCGAUCCAGUGCCAGCAGUGAGGGACCCUCAAAGUGACAUGGCUGUCUUCAGUCGCAAAGGAAGCAAAGUGGUGAAGGAGAAGAGGCAGCAAAAGGAAAGGCAGAAGCAGGCGCAAGAGGCUACGAAUAUGGCUGGUACUGCGUUGGGAAAUCUUAUGGGUGUCAAAGAGGAUGAAGGGGACAGUGCGGCGCCUGCUCCGGGCGACCAAGAGGUCAAGAGCGGCAACAAAUUUGCUGAGCACCUCAAGAAAAACGAAGGACAAAGUCUCUUUAGUAAGAGUAAAACACUUCGAGAGCAAAGGGAGUAUCUCCCUGCAUUUGCGGUGCGGGAAGAGCUACUUCGAGUGAUACGAGACAACCAAGUGGUCAUCGUGGUGGGCCAGACAGGUUCAGGGAAGACGACGCAGCUCACACAGUUUCUCUACGAAGACGGCUACGCACAGUCAGGACUCAUAGGAUGCACGCAGCCUCGAAGAGUAGCGGCCAUGAGUGUCGCUAAACGAGUCAGUGAAGAAAUGGAAGUCAAGCUUGGCGGACUAGUUGGCUACGCCAUUCGUUUCGAAGAUUGCACCAGCAAGGAGACCGCUAUCAAGUACAUGACUGAUGGGGUGCUCCUCCGCGAGUCCCUAAAUGAACCCGAUCUGGACAGGUACUCUUGUAUCAUAAUGGACGAGGCUCACGAACGCGCACUCAACACUGAUGUGCUCAUGGGUCUGAUAAAGAAAGUCCUCGCUCGGCGGCGAGAUUUGAAGCUAAUCGUCACUUCGGCCACCAUGAACUCGGAUCGAUUUUCGCGUUUCUAUGGUGGAGCUCCAGAGUUCUUUAUUCCCGGGCGUACUUUUCCUGUUGAUAUACAAUACUCGAGAACGCCUUGCGAAGAUUAUGUGGACAGCGCUGUCAAGCAAGUCUUGGCCAUCCACGUGUCCCAGCCUGCGGGAGAUAUCCUGGUCUUCAUGACCGGCCAAGAGGAUAUCGAAAUUACCUGCGAGCUUGUGGAGGAGCGAUUAAAGCUGCUGAAUGACCCACCGAAGUUAAGUAUUCUCCCAAUCUACAGUCAGAUGCCCGCGGAUCUACAGGCGAAGAUUUUCGAAAAGGCUGCGCCUGGCGUGCGCAAGGUCAUUGUGGCCACAAACAUUGCGGAAACUAGUCUGACUGUGGACGGUAUUAUGUACGUUGUUGACGCUGGCUUCUCGAAGCUAAAAGUUUAUAAUCCUCGAAUGGGCAUGGACGCUCUACAGAUCACGCCGAUUUCUCAGGCCAAUGCAUCUCAGCGUGCUGGGCGUGCGGGAAGGACAGGACCGGGCAAAUCGUUUCAUUUAUUCACGGAGGCUGCAUUCAAGGACGAAUUCUAUAUCCAGACCAUACCAGAGAUUCAGAGAACCAACCUAGCUAACACUGUACUAUUGCUGAAGUCAUUGGGCGUCAGAGACCUUCUAGACUUCGACUUCAUGGACCCGCCACCGCAAGAUACGAUCACGACUUCUCUUUUCGACCUAUGGGCCCUUGGAGCUCUAGAUAACAUUGGGGAUCUCACCCCAAUGGGCAAGAAGAUGACCGCUUUUCCUAUGGACCCUUCACUCGCUAAGCUGAUCAUAACCUCGGAGGAAUACGGCUGCAGUGAGGAAAUGCUCACCAUUGUCUCCAUGCUUUCAGUGCCAAGCGUCUUCUACCGUCCAAAGGAGCGACAGGAGGAGUCAGAUGCUGCACGAGAGAAGUUCUUCGUCUCUGAAUCAGAUCAUCUCACGCUUCUCCACGUCUACACGCUAUGGAAAGCAAACGGCUACUCAGACGGUUGGUGCAUACGGCAUUUUCUCCACCCAAAGGCCGUCAGACGAGGUAAGGAGAUUCGAGAGCAACUGCACGACAUUAUGAAAGUUCAGAAGAUGGAACUGACCAGUUGUGGUACUGAUUGGGAUGUCAUACGCAAAUGCAUUUGUUCGGGAUAUUAUCACCAGGCUGCUAAACAGAAGGGUGUUGGAGAAUACAUCAAUCUGAGGACUAGCGUCACUGUUCAGUUACAUCCGACGAGUGCCUUAUAUGGGUCGGGUUUCAUGCCGGACUACGUGGUGUAUCAUGAGCUCAUCCUCACUUCCAAGGAGUACAUGUCUACUGUCACUGCUGUGGACCCACACUGGCUUGCCGAACUUGGAGGCGUCUUCUACUCUGUGAAAGAAAAGGGCUACUCGGCUCGCGAGAAGCGAGUCACCGAACAUGAAUUCAACCGAAAGAUGGAGAUCGAGGCAAAGAUGGCUGAAGACAAAGAGCGAGAGGCUCAAAGGAUCACGAAAGCUGCGGAGCUUGGGACGGCCGCUAAAAGGCCAGUCAUUUCAGCGAUCAAGCGUGUGUCAACACAGGGAGCAGUGAAGAGACCUCUAACACCUAGGAUUGGACGAGGCUUUUGA